AUGCCCGCCGUACUGCCGUACCACGAGCCGACGCUCAUACAUCUCCUGGUAUUCUCCUCCUUUCUCUACCUUCUGAACAUCAUCCGCGUAGCCGCGGACUUCCUCAUCCACGGCGGCAUCGUCGCCGAGAUCACGCUAGGCAUCAUAUUUGGCUCCCCACUCGCCGGCCUUCUGCAUGUGAACUGGGAAGCGACAUUCACCGUGCUCGGCUAUAUAGGUCUCGUCCUUGUCGUCUUUGAAGGCGGCCUAUCCUCAAACCUCCGCAUGCUGCUCUCCAACCUCCCGCUCUCCCUCGUCUGCGCCGCCACGGGCAUCAUCUUUCCCAUCGCCCUCUCCUUCGCCUCACUCUACGCGGGGUUCGGCUACCGCCCCCUCGAGGCAUUCGCCGCCGGCGCCGCGCUCUCCUCCGACAGCCUCGGCACAACACUCGCCGCGCUCAACAGCGCCGCCAAAUCCUCCUCCGCCUCCCUCACCAAAGGCCGCACACUCACCGUCGACUCGGAGCGCACUACCUGCGCCCUCCCCCUCACGCGCACGCUCUCCCCCGCACGCCGCGCCGACACCUCCGCCACACUGUCCGCCGGGACGCCGCCAAACUCGCUGAAACAGUCGCGCAUCGGGACAGUGCUCAUCAGCGCCGCGAUCAUCGACGACGUGAUCGGGCUCGUCGUCGCCGCCGUCAUGCCCGCGCUCGCGCUCGUGCAGCACGACACCUCCGCGGUCGGCGGGAGCAGCAUCGCGUGGCCGGUCGUGCGCCCGCUGCUCGCGUCGGUGCUCAUGGCGUUCAUCGCGCCCGUUGUGUCCCGUUUCGUUCUGCGGCCGGUGUUCUGGUGGAGUGGGUGUGGGGAACGCUGGUGUGCGCCCGCGAGGCCGGGGAAGCCGUGGGGCUUUGAGAGGCUCACGGAGAGCGGGUGGGGGACGGAGAUGCAUGCGGACGCUGCGAAGUUGUUCCUCAUGGUGGCCAUGCUCAGCGUUAUGGCUACCAUCUCACAUUAUACUGGAACGAGCGUGCUGUUCGGCUCCUACCUCAGCGGACUCAUGCUCACCUACAUCUCGCAACCCCCUGCCCCUGCAGGGUCGCCAGACGCCGACGAACCCUACCCCACCCCCGCCCCGGACACUACCCUCGGCUCCGAGCACCGCGCGAACUCCCUCUCCUUCGAGGAGACCUUCACACGCCUCCUCGGGCCCGUUCAGGAAUACGUGCUUCUCCCGCUUUUCUUCGCGAGCAUCGGCUUCGCCAUCCCGUUCCUCGACCUCUGGCGCCCGGCGAUGAUCUGGCGCGGGAUCGUGUACUCCGUGCUGAUGUGCGUCGCGAAGCUCGCCGUCGGGGUGCCCAUCCUUCUUUACGGGCCAUACCUGCACUAUUCCCCAGCGGUAUAUGCCUCCGUCAGGCGGCGUGGCGCCUCGUUGCUCUCCCCAUACAGGCAGGGACGUCGCGCAGAGCAGACGUCGCCGCACGAUGAGGAGGGCCUUCCGCGCUCGUCCACGCUCACCUCCCGCCACCCGGCUCUCCACGAGAAGACCGAGGCACAAGCCGACAUCCGCACCGCCCCAAACCUUCCCGCCAACCCCCAAGACGUCGCGGAGAAGACCCACAUCCCCUCUGAGUACCGCGCCUCGACCUCCGUGCCCGCCGCCGCCUUCAUGGGCGCCGCCAUGGUCGCACGGGGGGAGAUCGGGCUGCUCAUCGCGCAGCUCGCGCGUGGGGGCUCCGAGCACGCGCCGGGGGGCGGCGUCCCCGGGGUGCUGAGCGAGGAGCCGUUUCUGCUGUGUAUCUGGGCGAUACUGCUGUGCACGCUUGUGGGCCCGGUUGCGCUGGGGUAUUUUGUGCGCCGGUGGGGGCCGAGGUUGAACUCGGGCAUUUGGGCGUAG